AGGUAAACACAAUUUGGACGCAGAUGCUCUUUCAAGACGUCCUCAUGACACUGAGCUGGACGACCCUACCUCCCAAAAAGAGCAAGACAGAAUCCGCCAAUUUACACUGCAGCAUCUGCCUGAGUUUGAUAAUGACACCCGAGUUGGUCCUGAAGUAGUUCAAGCCAUUUGUGAAGCCCGUCUUGUACGUCAACCUUCUGACUCUGCAUCAGAAAGCUCCAGUGUUCCAUUGGUGGAGUCCCUUGCAGCCCAUCCAGAUUCCAUGCCUGAUGGUUUUGUGCAAGGAGAGCAUUUUGAUGGAUUCCCGGUCAUUUCUAAGGUGUCCAAGGAAGAAGUCCGUGAAAAACAGAGAUCUGACUCUGUUAUUCGGGAAGUGAUCUCCUCUCUAGAAGGGGGAGGGGUGCCAUCUCCUUCUGUGAAGAGGGAGAUUCCACAACUUUCUCUUAUGUGCAGAGAGUGGAACAGAUUACUUUUAAUAAAUGGAAUACUGUACAGGAAAAGACAAGAAGGUCCAGAGGUGCAGUAUCAGUUGGUUCUGCCUGAAGAAUGGAGAGAAACAGUUAUGACCAGCCUACACGAUGACAUGGGUCACUUAGGCAUAGAACGCACCCUUGAUCUAGUGAGGUCACGAUUCUAUUGGCCUAGAAUGGCAGUUGAAGUUGACCAAAAGAUCAAAACCUGCCGUCAAUGUGUUCUCCGCAAAGCACCAUUGGAGAAAGCAGCCCCCUUAGUGAAUAUUCGAGCCAGCAGACCUUUAGAGCUGGUAUGCAUGGAUUUCCUUUCUAUUGAACCUGACCGCAGUAACACUAAAGAUGUCUUGGUAAUCACUGAUUUCUUUACUAAAUAUGCAGUAGCAGUACCUACUCCCAACCAGAAGGCAAGAACAGUUGCUAAAUGCUUAUGGGAGAACUUUAUAGUUCACUACGGCAUCCCAGAAAGACUACACAGUGAUCAAGGCCCUGACUUCGAAUCAAAGACCAUCAAAGAGCUGUGCGAAGUCAUUGGUACCCGGAAGGUGCGUACCUCACCGUAUCACCCAAGGGGAAAUCCAGUUGAACGCUUUAACCGAACUCUGUUGAGCAUGCUCGGAACCCUGAAAGGAGAGCAGAAGUCACAUUGGCGUGAUUUUGUGAAGCCUUUAGUGCAUGCUUAUAACUGCACAAAACACGAAAGCACUGGAUAUACUCCCUACGAGCUCAUGUUCGGAAGAAAGCCCCGAUUACCAAUUGACCUUGCCUUUGAUGUGUCAUUGAGUCAACAGAAAGGAACAUCCCACUCUCAGUAUGUAAAACAUCUGAAAACACAACUGGAAGAGAGUUAUAAGUUGGCUAUGGGGAAUGCUGCAAAGAUGGCGGAGAAAAACAAGACCAGGUUUGAUAAAAAGGUAACUGAGUCUAUCCUAGACAAAGAUGACCGGGUACUGGUCAGAAAUGUGAAAUUGAGAGGCAAGCACAAAUUAGCUGAUAAGUGGGAAUCGACUGUCCAUGUUGUGGUGCAACGUGCUGGAGAACUUCCUGUGUACACAGUCAGGCCAGAAAACAAAGAGGGACCAUUGCGUACACUGCACAGGGACUUACUCCGACCUUGCAAUUUCCUGUCAGUGGCCGAAGAAGAUUCCCCUAAAGCUAAAGUAAGGAGGCCUCGAACACGCACAGUCUUACACAAGAGCGACUCAGAAGAAUCAGAGCCCGGUUCAGAUUCAGACGACAAUCCUGUUUACUACUACACAGGUUCUUUAAGGCCUGAGCCAGUGGAAGUCAUUCGGAUCCACGAGAGCAAAGAUCUGGUAUCCAUACCUGUUCCUGAAGUACAGCCUAAACUGAUAGCCAGUCAGCCAAUUCCUGACUUUUGUGCUGAAGACUCACAUGAGAAAAACCCUGAACAUUCACCUGAGAUAAACUCUGGAUACUCACCUGAGAAAAUUCCUGAAAACCUACCUGAUGAAAUUCCUGAAAACUUACCUGAAAGAACUGAAGUUGAUGCUUACUUACCUGUAUCUGAUCAAACUGCAACCCAGGAUACACUGGAACUUAUUGAGUCUGUGGAAAGAGUAGAAGAGAAUGACGAGGUUCAGCAACAGUUCAUGAAUGCAUCCGAAGACAGUGAAACUGAAAUCCCUGUAAGGCAUUCCACAAGGCGUAGAGAAAAGGCUAAGAGGCUAACAUAUCCUGAACUAGGUAAUCCCCUUGUCUCCAUAGUGCAAUCUCUAUUCCAAGGUUUAAGCACUGCCCUUACUCAAUCUCUCAUGGAAACCCCCUAUGUAGACCCAAGCCAACCUGCUAGAAAUGCCCCAUCAUCCCAUGCACAGGGACGUGCAUACAGUUUACGGCGGGAGGGUGUAACCCAGGUUUAGAACACGUAGAGUCAAUGCAAUUCAUUAAUUAUAAUUUGUUUAAAAUAAAUAAAUAAAUUACAUUAUAGACAUAAUAAUGAGACUAAAUAAAACUAAAUAAAUAGGUUAGAACAUAAAUCUAAUUAAUUUGAAGCAUCUAAUACGUAAAAGAUUAUUUAAUUUGGGAAAAUAAACAUAACAGGAAUUAUUAUUAAUGAUCCUUAACAAUAAUAAUAAAAAAAAAAAUAAUUAAAACUAUUAUUAAAAGUCAGUGGCGAUUCCAGGAACGCCCACUGCGCAAAAAUCUAGCCAAUAAAGGUAAAUUAGAAGUUCACUGCGCAAAAAUCUAGCCAAUGAUAAGUGUAAGUCUAGCUAGCUAUGGUAGCCAAUCAGCAGCCAAGUGGGAGUGGCCACGGGUUCCCGCACGGCCAGAAGCUCAGUCGGACGUCGGGGUGAAGAUAGGAAGGAUCGCGGUGCGGCAAUCGCGCUAAAAUUGAGCAAAAACGCUAAAAAAUUAAGCACUUUAAGUGUGAGUACUCUUCACUAGAAGCUGCUUGCAGCCAGUAUUAAAGCUUGGUUAGCUUAAUAAGAGUUUGUAAAGCUAAUUAAAACCGUCAGAGUAGAGGAUUAAGGUGAACUGCUGAGUCAGUUGGAUUUCAUGUGCACAAGAUCGCGUUUCAUGCCGGGUUGCCAGAUUGGUGAAACUUAAACAUUCACGAUUGGAUUUGGCCAGGUUUCUAUGGGAUGAGACUGACUGCUAAGGACAUUCUGCCCAGUCACAUGUAUACCUGUUGCCUGGGAAAACAAGAUGGCGAGCCACAGCCCGUGAGGACAACUUAACUGAGCUUGAGUAUUUUUUUAUUUUUUCCCCCAGGACUAUAUUUUUUUCUUUUUUGAGAGGGUAACUCUUUAAAGUACUGAAGGACAGAGUUCUGAUAGACGGUUGAACAUUUCUCUAAAGAAAAAAAGGACAGCUUUUCUCAAUUUUUCCAUUUUUUUUAAUCUGAAAAAAAAAAAACAA